CUCUCUCUCCCCAUUACUUGCUCUACUUCACUACUCUCUCUCUCAACAUCCCCCUCUCUCUCUCUUGCAAUGCCACAACACUGCUUUGUCUCUCUUCUACUUUGGUAGAAAGAAACAGAACAGAGGUCUUGUUUGGCAGAAACUGCAAGAGUAGAGAUCUUGAUAAAGCAAAGAUCAGUGACUUUUUUUGGUUCUCUCUUACUGGGUAAAGAGAGAUCUGAACUGGGUUCAUCACAUUGUUGUAUAAUUCCGUAUACAUAAAGAGAGAGAGCAGAUCUAGUUCUUAUCCCCUGUUUUGAGUCCUCUGUUUUCAAUUUAUACUACUCUGUUUUAGAGAGAGAAAAUGGCCGAGGUUUCUGCGAAUUCUCUGAUACCAGAGACGUUUCAGGGAACGAGAGGAGACAUAGCAGGGACAAUUGGGUUGAUGUGGGAACUUAUCAAAGCACCAUUGAUAGUCCCAUUGCUGAGGCUUGCUGUGUAUAUGUGCUUGACCAUGUCACUAAUGCUCUUCUUCGAGAGGCUAUACAUGGGUAUAGUCAUCAUUCUCGUGAAGCUCUUCUGGAAAAAGCCCGAUAAGCGGUACAAUUGGGAGCCAAUCCAUGAAGAUUUGGAGAUUGGCAAUUUGGCUUUUCCAGUUGUACUUGUUCAAAUCCCAAUGUUCAAUGAAAGAGAGGUUUACAAGAUCUCCAUUGGAGCUGCUUGUGGGCUUUCAUGGCCGGCUGAUCGCCUCGUCAUUCAAGUGCUUGAUGAUUCAACUGACCCUAUCAUAAAGGAUAUGGUGGAGACGGAAUGCUUGAGGUGGGCUAGCAAAGGCCUUAACAUAAGGUACCAAAUUAGAGAAAACAGGGGAGGUUACAAAGCUGGUGCUCUCAAGGAAGGGUUGAAGCAUGACUAUGUCAAACACUGCGAAUACGUCGCCAUUUUCGACGCCGACUUCCGCCCUGAACCGGACUAUCUCCGGCGAGCCAUCCCUUUCCUCGCACAAAACCCUGAGAUUGCUCUUGUUCAGGCUCGUUGGAGGUUUGUGAAUUCGGACGAGUGCUUAAUGACAAGAAUGCAAGAGAUGUCACUGGAUUACCAUUUCAAGGUGGAGCAAGAAGUGGGUUCAUCUACACAUGCCUUCUUUGGUUUCAAUGGAACUGCCGGUGUUUGGAGAAUCGCCGCUAUCAAUGAGGCCGGUGGGUGGAAGGACCGAACAACAGUUGAGGAUAUGGAUCUUGCUGUCCGAGCUGGUCUCAAGGGAUGGCAAUUUGUCUAUCUUGGCGAUCUCCAGGUAAAAAGUGAACUUCCGAGUACUUUCAAAGCCUUCCGUUAUCAGCAGCAUCGAUGGUCCUGUGGUCCUGCUAAUCUGUUCAGGAAAAUGGUGAUGGAAAUUGUUAGAAACAAGAAAGUACGUUUUUGGAAGAAGGUAUAUGUGAUCUACAGCUUCUUCUUCGUUCGCAAGAUCAUAGCUCACAUGGUCACUUUCUUCUUUUACUGCGUUGUGCUUCCAUUGACCAUUUUGGUUCCUGAAGUUGAGGUUCCAAAAUGGGGAGCCAUCUACAUUCCUUGCAUCAUCACCACUUUGAAUGCUGUUGGAACCCCAAGGUCAAUCCACCUAUUGUUUUACUGGAUCCUUUUUGAGAAUGUGAUGUCUCUGCACCGGACUAAGGCAACCUUUAUUGGUCUGCUAGAAUAUGGGAGAGCUAAUGAAUGGGUUGUCACUGAAAAACUUGGAGAUGCUGUCAAAAACAAAGCAAACUCCAAAGCGCCAAAGAAACUUCGAUUUAAGAUUGGAGACAGAAUACAACUAUUGGAGCUUGGAUUCGGAGCGUUUCUAUUCUUCUGUGGAUGCUAUGAUUUUCUGUAUGGGAAAAACAACUACUUCAUAUACCUCUUCCUCCAGACCAUAACCUUUACCAUCAUGGGAUUCGGCUACAUCGGCACAAUCGUCCCUAGCUAGCUCUUAGUGGCGGCAGCAGCAGCAGCAGCAAUGUCAUCCUCAGCUACAUUGGCAGAAUUAUCUCUAGCAUUCAUCUUACCGUGCUUUCGCGUCUACUUCAGCAUAUAUAUACAGAGUGCUUUCUGUUAGCAGCAUUUGAUUUUAUUUAUUUACAAUCUCAGCUUGUAAAAACAAGAAAAGAUCAUUCAUCAUUGAGCAGGAAAUUCAUACCAAGUGUGUUUCUAUAUAAAAAAAUAAAAAAUAAAAAAAAAAAUCUCUUGCUAGUCUGUGACCAUUAGUAUAGAAAACAGAUAUACAGUCAAGAAAAGGAUGGAGCAGAAACACCACGAGUAUAGAAAACAGGUCAAUGAUGUCAUUGUUUCUUUCUUAAUAGAUUGUUUGUUUUAGUUUGGAGAGUAAAUUAGGUGGUGGCAAAAAGGCCAAAGUUGUAAUGAGAGUUUUUAUCACUUUUGCAGUCUUUAUCAGUUUCUCUAUAUCAUUUUAUGGAACUCUUCUUAUUUGAUAGCCUCAAGGAUUUGUUUGGCAUUUCGUCUGAAUUAAACAUAUUUUGCUAA